AUAUCUUCUGCAUUUGAAGAUAAGCCUUUAAAUGCGUAAUUACUGUAUGCCUGCUUGGUGAAGGAACUAUUUACAGAACCAUCAUCACUUACAGUGGCUAAACUUGCAGUAAAAAAGAUAAGGUGCUACUCACAAUCUAUUUGUGCAACUUCAGUUGGAUAAAAAAAAAUAAAAACAUCAGAAUUCGUAAAUUGUAGUAAUUCCAUUUGUGAAUCAUCACUUCAUAAUUUCUCACAAAUAUCUUUCUUGUUGGUUUCAAGGGGCUUGGUGGAGCAACACUUACGUCACUACCACCACCAACCAGCUUUGUACGGAUCACAGCCUAACAUACCCCAAAUCUUAAAUCAUUCGCCCUCGUCCACUGCUACUAACUCGCCCAAAAUAACACCCAAACUAACUAAAACGCAAUCGUUCAAACACCAAAAAUCAGAGAGCGGCUUCAGCACACCUAAAAUAUUCCGAAAGCUGUCGUUCACGAGGAAAAGCCGCGAAGGCACACCAAAGAUGAGCAAAAAGCUGAUAGGGCAGCCAGAGAAAAUCAACGAGAACCAAAUGCUGCAGGAUGUCAAUAAAAACAGACCGGAUCUGUCAAAUCCGAACCCAAGAGACGUGAGUUCCGCUAUGGUGGGCAGUGAUGGAGCAACUCUAGUGAAUCAAUACUGGGGCGUGUCACUAGUAGUGCCUCCUGGUGCGAUUCCAGAAGGUCAACAAAAGAGGAUAUACUUCGUGGUCUCGGAUCCCAGGCUGUGCGACAAUGUUCCGCCACUGGAUUUGGACAACGGUGAAAGGAUGCUGUCGCCUCUCGUAAUGUGUGGACCGCAAGGUACCGAAUUUCUGAAGCCUGUGAUCCUGAACAUCCCGCACUACGCUAACACACUGCCCAGCUUAGGAGUCAGUCUGAAAGCGACCGAUUCCGAGCAAGAGCUGCAAACGAACUGGGACAACAUCCUAUUGCCUAGCAACCAUGCAGCCAAUAGUGUGUCGGUCAAAGUUGAUCAUUUUUGAAAACGCCUUUCAUACCUUUUUACUAUGCAUUUGUGAAGCACACAAUUUCGAUGCAAUAUAUUCCGUUAACGCCAACUGGUAUCACCGUUAUUUUGUAUCCACAGAUUACUGAAAAGUAUGUUUUCUAGUAUGUGGGUUGUGUAUAGAGAUGGCAGCGUACUACCUUGACACGGUGUACAGGUAUUGGGUGUAAUGGGGAAUCCACGAAGAAUGUAACUUCCAAACGAGCAGUAUUUUUGUAGCAUAAUUUAAUUAUAAUAUAUUGCAGGCUAUAUCAGCUAUAUUUCGGUAAUAUUGUUUGCAAUAUGUUGAUACCUACGCUGGUCAGAAUUUCUCAUCAAAAGGGGUAUAAAAUCAAGAAUUGCUAAAUGAUUGCACUAAUAUAAGUAGGAUACCAAUAAUUCAGCAAUAUGACAGCGAUAAGCGAUAUGAAAAUAGGUCGCAAAUAUCAAAGGUGUAGCAAUUUCUUUACUUUAUAUUGCAGUGAAAAUAUUGCCCAAUACAAGCGUCAUAAUGUAUUCUUGUGUUGAUAUCGACUAGAGAUUCCCCUGUAAUAUUACAGGAAAUAUACAUGAUUUGACAUCUUUAUAUGGUACAUGUGCAACUGUUUUUUUAAAUUAGAACCUUGUCCUUGAAUAAAGGAUAAUCGAAAACGGCCCUUCCAGUCCAAAUUGAUAGUUAUUUGAGGCACCUGUGGUGACGUAUGCCCGAAAUCAAUAGUGGUAUAAUCGUAGCUCUCUCAUAUAAUACUAUUAUUACACAUAGUCUAAUCAUAUUAGACGAAUAUCCCGCGAAAUAAUUCUAAAGUCUGUUUUUUUUGUGCAAGUUGUUCAAGAGGGUAUUUAAAACAUGGACACAUAAAAUGGGUACACCACUUUUUGGCAGGAACGAAAAAACUCUUCAAAAAAGAUUUCUAGGUAUUUAUGAGAUCUUCAAAAUUCAACCACACGUAAAAAGAUCCGACUACUAGUAAAUUACGCCCUCUUGCUUUACUGAAUCCUUAUACCAAUAUACUUAAGACUAACAAAUGUCAAGUGAACGUUGGAGGCAUAUCAAAUCUCUUAUAAACAAUUACAGUAUACUCUUGAAAACUAUACAAGAUACAAUGCUGAAUCUUUAAUUAAUUUAUUAGGAACUAAUAACGAGCAUUUUGCGUAAUUCUUAACACGGUCAGGUCGCUACAAUUGGUUGAUAUUUGUCUACUGUUUUUUCGAUUUCUUGAGUUUAUUUUCCAACAUUUUAAACUCGCAGUCGUUUUAAUCGAACAAGAUUUCGAAAACAUACGUAUACUAAAUUAAUACUUUUAGAAAACAGGUCCAGGGAAUUUUUUUUUAUUUAUUUAUCACAAAGCACAUGCUACAUACUAAGUAGUCUAAGGCAGUUUGAAACAUAAUUGUCUUCAGUUUGCGUGCUAACUUUAUAAACAGUUAAACGCAUUCCAAUAUUGGUAUAUAUUUUCAUCUGUGACCGUGUAAAAAUUUCAGCUCUAAAUAUUUAUACACAAGAGUAUAAAUAAAUCUUGAAAAAAAUUGUUUUCUUCGUAACAAAAGGUGAUAGACACAUCCGCUUUGUUUUAAAAUGUAUAUAAUAAAGUAUGUUUUUCGAAUAUCAUAGCAAAAUAAGAAAAAAUGUAACCCUUCGUUUUUCGCAUAAAAAUAACAAUUAACUUUGGAAAUGGUUUAUGAUUCACAUCGGCAAGGUAAAUUCGUGUAUUUUGCUUAUAAAUAUAUAAAUGCCCCUUGAAUGAACUCUGUAUAUUGCUCAGCAAAUUGGUAAUGAUGGCCGGAAUACAGAUGUUUUGGGAUAAACAAUUGGAAUUUCUCAAAAACUACUUGACCAAUCGACUCCAAUUUUGUUGUGGUUAUUUCAAGUAGCUGCGUGAAAUUAUCGUCGGUUUAGCAAGUGCUACAUGUAAAACCUGCAUUUUACCUCUUUUCACGUGUGGUCUCAUUUUGUAGGUCUCAUAAAUUUCUAAAAAUCUUAUUUGAAGAGUUUUUUCGUUCAUGCCAAAACUUUCAUUUUAAUCCCAAAAAACACGUUUUCUCAUUCUUUGUUGUCGAAUAAAAAGUUUUCCCACAAAAAUUGGUGUACCCAUUUCAUGCGUCCAUGUUUUAAACACGCCGUUGAACAACUUGCAUCAAUAAAACCCGACUUUACAAUUAUUUCGAGGAAAUUUGCUAAUAUGAUUAGACUAACAGCCGUUAUAACGAUUUCUUGAUUUAUUCUAGUUUGAGGUCCUGAUUCGUAAAACAACUUUGUGUUCAGGCAUCUCAAAUUGAGAUGUAUUUGCUAUGUAUUAUCUUGAUUACUGCUUGGAUAUAUUCUCAAAUAUCAGGAUACCUGUAUACCUUAUAUGCUUGUUGAUAUUCGAAUUUUUUUGAAAACCUAAUUUAGUAAGAUUCGUGAUGCAUAUAAAUUUUAUUUUUUAUAUAUUGUUCGUAAGUCUCAUUUUUAAUCCUAUUUCUAGGUUCUUGUAAUGUGAAUGUCUUUAAUUCAUAAGAAAAUUGUUUUAUAAAAAAUUAUAAAAUACAAAGUUGUC